AUGGAGACGACGGUCACGAAAACCAAGAGCUCCCCGACGACCAUCAUCCUCCACCACGCGGCGCCCCAGAGCUACAGCUUCCGAUUCUCACCCUUCCUCCGCCAAACCUACCAAGUCGGCCUGCCCCCCGACCGUGCCGUGUGCAAGGCCUACCAGUCGGGAGCAUGCCCCAACGGCACGCGCUGCCCGGAGCGGCACGUCUCCGACGGCAAGACGUCGCAGCCCACGGGCGGGCUCAACUCGCUCGUCUGCAAGCACUGGCUGCGCGGGCUCUGCAAAAAGGGCGAGCAUUGCGAGUUUCUGCACGAGUAUAACCUGCGAAAGAUGCCUGAGUGCAACUUCUUCAUGCGCAACGGCUACUGCUCCAACGGCGAGGAGUGCCUCUACCUGCACGUCGACCCCAUGUCGCGCCUACCGCCCUGCCCGCACUACGACAUGGGCUUCUGCCCCCUCGGCCCCCUCUGCUCGAAGAAGCACGUCCGGCGGAAGCUGUGCGAGUUCUACCUUGCCGGCUUCUGCCCCGACGGGCCCAAGUGCAAGCAGGCGCAUCCCAAGUGGCGAAAGGAUCUGGACAAGCCGACGCUCAAGUCGGACGAGAUGAAGAAGGAGGAGGAACACAGGCUCGAGAUGGCCGCCCUCAGGGGGGAGGAGGAAGCCGAACACAGGAUGAGGGAUGGACCGAGGGAUCGCGACGACGGCAGGUUUGGGCGUCAUGGCCGGGGGGCCGGAGGCGGCGGCGGCGGAGGAGGCGGCGGCGGCAAGUGGCGGGGCGGCGGCAAGGGGAGGUUUCGAGGAAGAGGGCAUUAG